AUGGCGUCCAAGGUGAAGCAAGACGGCAAGACGCCGACCUCGGCGGCCACCAACCUCAUUGCCGGAGGAGGCGCCGGUAUGAUGGAGGCGUUGGCAUGCCAUCCCCUUGACACGAUCAAGGUUCGGAUGCAGCUGUCGCGGCGCGCGAGGCAGCCCGGCGCACCCAAGCGCGGCUUCAUCCGCACGGGCGUCGAGAUCGUCAAGAAGGAGACGCCUCUGGGCCUGUACAAGGGACUCGGCGCCGUGCUGACGGGCAUCGUGCCCAAGAUGGCCAUCCGCUUCACGAGUUUCGAGGGGUACAAGCAGGCGUUGGCGGACAAGCAGACGGGCAUCGUCAGCGGACAGGCGACGUUUAUGGCCGGUCUCGCGGCGGGUGUCACGGAAGCCGUCGCCGUCGUGACGCCGAUGGAGGUCAUCAAGAUCCGGCUCCAGGCGCAGCACCACAGCAUGGCCGACCCCCUCGACAUCCCCAAGUACCGCAACGCGGCGCACGCGCUCUACACGGUCGUCAAGGAGGAAGGGUUCGGGGCGCUGUACCGCGGCGUGUCGCUGACGGCGCUGCGGCAGGGCAGCAACCAGGCCGUCAACUUCACGGCCUACUCGUACUUCAAGGAGGCGCUCAAGAACUACCAGCCCGAGUUCGAGCGCACGACGCUGCCGGGCUGGCAGACGACGCUGAUCGGGCUCGUCAGCGGCGCCAUGGGGCCCCUGAGCAACGCGCCCAUCGACACCAUCAAGACGAGGCUGCAGAAGACGCCGGCCGAGUACGGCACGAGCGCGUGGAGUCGCAUCGCCAAGAUCUCGAGCGACAUGUUCAAACAAGAGGGCUUCCACGCCUUCUACAAGGGCAUCACGCCGCGCAUCAUGCGUGUCGCGCCCGGCCAGGCCGUGACGUUUACCGUCUACGAGUUCCUCAAGGAGAAGCUUGAGAGGAGCAACCUGGCGUUUACCGGGGGCAACUUUGAGGAGUAA